AUGACUAGUCUUUUGGAAAAUCAACAGCCUAUAUCACCUGAAACAACCAGAGAAGAAGAAUUAGAUGAGGAAAUUCUAAAUUCAUCUGCUCAAGACUUAAGUACAAGGACUAAGUUGUUAGAAAAUGAAAUUAGGAUUUUUAGAUCGGAACUUCAAAGAUUGUACCAUGAACAGAAUACCAUGAUGGCCAAAAUUAAAGAUAACAAAGAAAAAAUUAAAAACAAUAAACAACUACCCUAUCUAGUCUCCAAUAUCGUAGAAAUCAUGGAUUUAAAUGAUACUGAAUCCACUACACAAGGUGGAAAUGUUAAUUUAGAUAACGCCGUUACAGGUAAAGCCGCUGUUGUCAAAACUAGUAGCAGACAAACUGUUUUUUUGCCAAUGGUUGGCCUAGUUGAUCCAAAAUUGUUGAAGCCAAACGAUCUAGUCGGUGUUAAUAAAGACUCCUAUUUAAUACUAGACACUUUACCUUCAGAAUAUGAUAGCAGAGUGAAAGCUAUGGAGGUUGAUGAAAAACCAACUGAAACUUAUUCUGACGUUGGCGGCCUAGACAAACAAAUUGAAGAAUUAGUGGAAGCUGUAGUUUUACCAUUGAAACAAGCUAAUAAAUUUAAAGAAAUGGGAAUCAAGCCACCAAAAGGUGCAUUGAUGUAUGGGCCACCUGGUACUGGUAAAACUUUAUUAGCCCGUGCUUGUGCCGCCCAAACUAAUGCAACUUUCUUAAAAUUGGCUGCUCCGCAGUUGGUUCAAAUGUUUAUUGGUGAAGGUGCAAAGUUGGUUCGUGACGCCUUUGCCCUUGCGAAGGAAAAGGCACCUACUAUUAUUUUUAUCGAUGAACUAGAUGCUAUUGGUACCAAACGUUUUGAUUCCGAAAAAUCUGGUGACAGAGAAGUCCAAAGAACUAUGUUAGAAUUGUUGAACCAGUUGGAUGGUUUUGGUUCCGAUGAUAGAGUCAAAGUUUUAGCAGCUACAAAUAGAGUCGAUGUUUUAGACCCUGCUUUGUUGAGAUCGGGUAGAUUAGAUAGGAAAAUUGAAUUUCCUCUUCCCUCAGAGGAAGCCAGAGCUCAAAUUUUACAAAUACAUUCAAGAAAAAUGACUACCGACGAUUCCAUAAAUUGGCAAGAGCUAGCAAGAUCUACCGAUGAAUUCAACGGUGCUCAAUUAAAAGCUGUCGCUGUAGAAGCAGGCAUGAUUGCUCUAAGAAAUGCUGCGUCUAAAAUUACACAUGAGGAUUUUGUAGAAGCCAUAGGCGAAGUUCAAGCAAGGAAAUCAAAAUCUGUUUCAUUUUAUGCAUGA